AUGGAAAGCGAAACUGCGACAGCCGAAAUACUCGCAGGUCUGGAGUCUCAUUUCUCUAGCAUCUGCAAGGUAGGUGGCGCGCCCGGCUUAUCACUGUCUGUCAUCACACACGGGAAAGAAGUUUACGCCAAACAUUUUGGCUUUCGCGAUGUCAACGCCGAGAAGGCCCCAAAUGGCUCUACAACUUACUUCGUCGGCUCUUUGACCAAGGCCAUGACAGCAGCUACAGCAGGGAUACUUGUCGAAGAGGGAAAGAUUGAGUGGCCUACCCGCAUUGCAUCCAUUCUCCCGGAACUUGAAGAUGCCUUCAACGGUCGCGGCUCUCAGAUUACCAUCGCCGACCUUUUGUCGCAUCGCACCGGAGUCGCCAGAGGUGAUGGUCUGUGGUUGCAGCGCGCGGGAAACAUUCUUCUCGACAAGUCGACAGGCAUACAGACUUGGACGUCUCAGCCUCUUGUUCGCGACUUUAGAUCCGAAUACCUCUACAGUAACUACGGGUUUGACAUGGUCGGCAGAGCCAUUGAGAAAAUAGAGGGGAAGAGCCUGGGGGCCUGUUUCAAGGAGAAACUCUUCGAUCCAUUGAAAAUGACGCGAACAUCGGCUUAUGACCUUCCAAACAAUGAUAAUGAAGCCAAGGCCUAUUUCCCUCUUCAGGAUGGCUCCCCGUUCGAGGUGCCGAUUCCAACCAUCUCGGAGAAAACUCUCAUGGCAGCAGCCGGAUCCGUCCGAAGCUGCACAGACGAUCUCGUCAAGUUCUACAGCAACUUCAUGCACGCGGCCAACGAUCAGUUUGCCAAUAACACCACUUCGACGUCAGGAUCUCCGUUCAAGCAGCUAAAGCACAUUCUUCGUCCUCACAGCCAGUUGACCCUAGUGUCUCUUCGUGAACAGUCGUAUGCCCUGGGUUGGGGUCGGGCAGAGCUACCAGCUGUCCUUGGAGCGUUCAAUUACAAUAAACAUCUACUUCCUGCCAUGCCUCAGAUUGGUGAAGGAGGCCCGAACCGUCUCGCAAUCUACCAUGGAGGUAGCAUGCAGGGAUUCACUUCGUGUGUUUACCUUCUACCUGAGACAGAGACAGCCAUCAUCACUUUACAAAACUCGACUGGGCUCUGUGAUGCUUGCGACUGGAUUCCUCAGUUGAUUCUCCACGAACUGUCUGGACCUGGACGCAAACUGAUUGAUUUCAAGGAACUGGCUACCAAGGCUGCUAAGACAGGCACAGAGCUGGCGGAUAGAAUCAACGAUAAGCUGGAGAAGGGACGAGAAAAAGACACCAAGCCACUGGAACUCAAAGCAUAUACAGGCAGAUAUUGGAAUCAGCUUCAUAACUUUCACAUUGACGUCAGCGUCGACGACGAUGGAGAUCUACGGAUGACGUUCCAAAGCAUGGGAGAUGAAUCGUAUAAGCUCAGACACUACCACCACAACUCGUUCGUUUGGAACGUGUCGCAUGAUGAGACAGCGAAGCAAGGACGUUUCCAGACACGUCCUUGGGUGUCUUACCUGAUUGAAUUCGAGUGCGGGGAAGGAAAUGCGGCUGAUGGCUUGCGAUGGAAAUACGACGUCGAGCUUGAAUCACCCGCCUUGUUUUCUCUCGAGGUAGGCUCUCGCUGA